AUGGUGGUAGCUGCUACCGCUUGUGGAUGUGGUUGUGGCUGUGGCUACCUAUGGAUGGUUAUGGCUAUGGAUGGUUAUGGCUAUGGAUGGUUAUGGCUAUGGAUGGUUAUGGCUAUGGAUGGUUAUGGCUAUGGAUGGUUAUGGCUAUGGAUGGUUAUGGCUAUGGAUGGUUAUGGCUAUGGAUGGUUAUGGCUAUGGAUGGUUAUGGCUAAGUAUGAAUAG